AGCCUAAAACCCAAGCAGCACAUGUCGGGCAGUCUGCUCCCUGCGGCUCCGGCCAUGCCUUGGGUUGUUCUCGUGGCCGUGGCCGUGGGCAUGUUAGCUGCGUGGUUAAUCCAUUUGGUCAUGAGAUGGAACAUGGGUCCACGAUGCAGCGCAGGGGCACUGCUGCCGCCGGGGUCAAGGGGUCUCCCGCUCCUCGGGGAGACGCUCGAGUUCUUUGCCCGGAACCCAUCGCUGGAGCUCAGCCCCUUCUUGAAGCGACGCCUGGAUAGGUACGGUCCAAUUUUUAGGACAAAUUUGAUUGGUGAAGACCUCAUUGUCUCCAUGGAUCCAGAGUUGAACAACUUAGUGUUCCAAAAGGAGGAGAAGCUAUUCCAAAUUUGGUAUCCGGAGUCAAUCAUGAGAAUCAUGGGAGCCGACUGCAUUAUUGCGACACUUGGGACCUUCCACAAGCACCUCAGGACUCUGGUACUUCGGCUCUUUGGCCCAGAAAAUCUCAGGCUAGUUCUGCUCCAUGAAGUGCAGCAGACGGCCCAGGCUAGUCUACUCUCCUGGCUUGAUCAUCCUAGCAUCGAAGUGAAAGAGGCAAUCUCUAGUAUGAUAUUCAGCAUCACGGCAAGGCGAUUAAUCAGCUAUGACUCCUCAAGAUCGGAUGGGAAGUUGUGGAAGCAAUUCGAUGCAUUUCUUCAAGGACUACUAGCAUUUCCACUUUACGUUCCCGGCACAGCAUUCUACAAAUGUAUGCAGGGCCGGAAGAAUGUCAUGAAGAUUUUGCAGGAAAUGCUAAAUGAGAGGAAGAAGGAAACACAUCGGGAGAGUGUUGACUUUAUCGAUCUCUUGAUCAACGAUAUGAAGGAGAAGAACACUAUAAUGAAUGAGAAAAUUGCAUUGGAUUUGCUCUUCUUAUUAUUGUUCGCAGGCUUUGAAACCACGUCAUCUGGUAUAACUGCGGCACUCAAGUUUCUAGCCGAUGAUCCUAAGGCGUUGCAGGAACUAAUAGAGGAGCACAACAACAUUCGGAAAAGAAGGAUUGAUCCUGACUCUGAAAUCACAUGGGAGGAAUACAAGUCCAUGAAAUUUACAUCUCAUGUCAUACAUGAGGCAUUAAGGCUGGCUAACAUUGCUCCCUUAAUGUUUAGAAAAGCAAUAGAGGAAGUUCAUAUUAAAGGUUACACUCUCCCAAAAGGAUCAAAGAUCAUGGUUAAUCCUUCUAGCAUUCAUUUGGAUCCUACGGUUUACAAGGAUCCCACUGUGUUCAAUCCCUGGAGGUGGAAGGAUACUACUGAACCAGCUGGUGGCUCCUCAAAGGAGUUCAUGGCCUUUGGAGGCGGGCUACGAUUAUGUGUUGGUGCCGACUUUGCUAAGCUACAAAUGGCCAUCUUCCUGCAUUGCUUAGUCACCAAAUAUAGUUGGACAGCGGUCAAGGGAGGAACCAUGGCGCUUUCUCCUGGACUACAGUUUCCUGAUGGUUUUCACAUACAACUUGUCCCAAAAGCUUGAUGCGUGGAUGUCAAUGCUUCAAUACGUUCAAGACCUCUUAGCCUCUGGAGGAUUCACAAUAUAGUCGUUUAUACAGAUCUCUAGUAUGCUAUCAUGUCCAUGUGUGGCUAUGGAUUAGAAUAAUAAUGUAUAAACAUUGGUCAAACCAUUAUUUGUUUCAAAAGCUUAUUUAUAGUGAAGUGCAUGUGCGGUUUCUGCUUGC